GUUCAGCUCUGAUCAUUUAGCACCGAGCUCAGCUGCUCUAAGUUUCAUACAUUUUUACAUCAGAUUUUCUCACUUAGUUUAUUUGUUUAUUUAUUAUUAUUAUUAUUAUUAUUAUUAUUGUUAUUAUUAUUAUUAUUGUUAUGGAGAAAGAGGGCCGGCCGUCAUGGGAGACUCCAACUCAGUUUGUGCUGGCGUGUGUGUCGUAUGCUGUUGGUUUGGGAAAUGUGUGGAGAUUUCCUUAUCUCUGCCAGAUGCAUGGAGGAGGAGGGUUUCUGAUCCCGUACCUCCUCAUGCUCUUCCUGGAGGGAAUUCCUCUUUUCUAUUUGGAGCUCGCUGUCGGACAGAAGAUGCGUUUAGGCAGCAUUGGCGCGUUCGCUUCCAUCAGUCCCUACUUAGGGGGUGUGGGGUUUGCGAGUGUCAUCACGUCUAUAUAUCUGUGUUUGUAUUAUAACGUAAUUAACGCAUGGAGCUUCUGGUAUCUUUUCCACUCCUUUCAGGCCGUGUUGCCGUGGGCUGAAUGUCCACUGAACUCCAAUCAUACAGGAUAUUUAGAGGAGUGUGAAGUCGCCACUCCAACGCAAUAUUUCUUCUUCCGUGAGACAUUGAACAUUUCAUCAUCCAUUGAUGAGCGUGGUGUCGGUGUUCACACAGGCGUGGCACUCUGCCUCCUGCUGGCCUGGAGCAUUGUCUACCUCUUCAUCAUCCGUGGAGUCAAAUCUACUGGCAAAGUGGUGUAUUUCACUGCGACGUUUCCAUACCUGGUUCUGAUUGUGUAUCUCAUCCGCGGUGUGACUCUGCAUGGAGCACUAAAUGGAGUGAAGUACAUGUUCACUCCAAAGCUGGAGCAGUUGGCGAAUCCUCAGACAUGGAUUAAUGCUGCUACGCAGAUCUUCUUCUCUCUUGGUUUGGGUUUCGGUUCUCUCAUUGCUUUUGCCAGUUAUAAUGAUCACAAUAACGACUUUGAGCGUCAGGCUAUUGUCGUCGCCCUCAUUAACAGUGGAACGUCAAUUUUCGCCAGCAUCGUCACCUUCUCCAUCUACGGCUUCAAAGCCACGUUCAACUAUGAGAGCUGCUUAGAGAGGAUGAGACUUUUACUUCUGAACACGUUCAAUCUUGCUGAAGAUGCCAUUAAUAAAGAAAAUGUGACGUCAUGGAUCAGUGUGUUAAAUCACACACAUCCUGAGCAGCUUGCGGUCAUUCAACACAAACUAGAGCCCUGCAGUCUUGAGGCUGAACUGGACACGGCUGUUGAAGGCACUGGCUUAGCAUUCAUUGUGUACAGUGAGGCGAUCAUGAACAUGCCGGCUUCUCAGCUCUGGUCUGUUCUUUACUUCUUGAUGUUGCUGAUGUUGGGGAUGGGAAGCAUGCUGGGAAACGUGACAGCCAUAAUAACACCACUGAGGGACUUCAGAAUCCUUGCACGGAACUUCAACAAUGCCACACUCAAUGGUCUGGUGUGUCUUUUCUGUUUUCUGCUGGGUUUGGGUUUCACAACACGUUCGGGUAAUUACUGGUUUACAGUGUUUAAUGAGUAUGGUGCGACAUUCUCAUUGCUCUUCAUCGUGCUGAUUGAAGUUGUCACAGUUUCCUACAUCUAUGGACUGAACAGAUUUGAGAAGGACAUUGAGGACAUGCUGGGUCAUCGGCCGAACUGGUACUGGAAGAUCAUGUGGGUUUUUGUGAGUCCAUUACUGCUGAUCAGCCUCUUCAUCUUCUAUAUUAUAAAUUACAUUCAGGGAGGAACACCAACAUAUCAGGCAUGGGAUAAAAUCACGGGAAAGUCAGUAAAAAUGGAGUAUCCUGUUUAUGCUCAGCUCUUCAUUGGUCUUCUCCUUGUCUCAUCAGUGAGCUGUGUCCCCAUCGCAGCUAUUUAUGCUUUCUGUUCAAGACGCAAACGGGCAGUAACCGUAUGUGAGGAAAUCAAUACUGUGUCAUCCACCAUAACACCAUAACAUCCACCAAAAUACUCACUAUAACAUCUGCCACAAUGUGCACUGUGAGAUUCAUCAUAUGAUAUAUUGUGUAGGAAUCAGUAGCUAACGGAGAGAAUUAACAUUAACAUCUAACACUCUUUACAUUUAGAGUAAUUAGUCAUUUUAACCGAAGAGUAAAUAAACCUAAAUAUACAAUUUCAUAUUGUUAUACUUAAUCUAUAUAAUCUGGAAAAAAUGAAAAUAAUUGAAUAUGAACAGCACUUUAUUCACAGCAGUAUGUACCGUGUUAGCAUACACAGUCCAGUUAAUAGAACACUGCAUAUAAUUUAUUCCAAAAGCCUGUGAAUUAAACUAUUUUUUCUUUAAUUUCUGUAAGAUUUUGUCCCUAGGGUUAGGGUUAGUGAUUUUAAAGGUAUUCUGUGUAGAAAAAUCAGUAAUCUGGAAAAACAAAAAACUUCUGCAUUUUAGGAGAAAGUCAAUUAUAUAUUGUUUGUCUAUAUUUGAAAAGUGCUGUAUGAGCUUUAUUAAUGGUUCUGGGUUUUUGUACAUGCAAAGCAAUAUAACAUAUUACAUGUUGAAGAUUGGAAAAUUGAAAACACUUGACCAAAUUUGGAUUUUCUGAUGCUAUAAAGCUCAGAAGUAAUAACGGAUUUAUGAAAAUAGUCUACAAUCUUUUCAUGUCAUUAUUCUGUCAUAGUGAAACUUGCAGCACAUCACAAUUGAAGAAUUCUUCCCUAACAGUCUAACAGAACACAUGGUGGUCUUUAUGGUAAAGUUUUUUAUAUUUGAAUUUGAAUGAAUGAGAAGUAAAGAUAAUUCUCUUUGGUAUUAUAUUAAAGCAGAAGAUCUUAUAAAGUUUAUAAAGUAGUAUGUUGUACUACUACUACUAAGUAUGUAGUACUAGUACUACUAAGCUAUGAUGUAAUAAGAUUUACAAAGUUUAUUAAAGGAUUUGUGUUUCAGUGUAGGAUGUUAUAGACAGUUAGGUGUAUCAUAUGUUUUUCUUUUCUAUAAAACCCAUGCAUAUUUUAUAUAAUCACAGAAUUAUGAUUAUUCUCUUCCUGUAUGUGUUCAGCUGUCAUGGCUCUAAAGUGCAUUGUGUGUAAUUAAACCUUCAGGUUUUUUUCUCAUUUGGUUUCAGCUAAUCUGCUGCAGUAUUUUAAGCUCAUUACUGCCUUUUGUUUUCUUGAGUCAUGUUGUAUAAUUUCAGUCAGGAAUGUGAGUUCAGUGUAAAGGUCAGAGAUUCACUGGGAAUAAAGUUCACAGCAGUGUGGUCUGAAAACACUUCAUGUACCUUGUGGAAGUAAGAAUCCAAAAACCUAUUCAGUAACAAACAGGAAUAAAGGAACAAUUAUUUCUCCACCAGUUAAUUAAUGACAUUAAUGACACCAAACUGCACUUUUAUGCUGAAGACUCCAGACAUUUAUCAUUAAACACUGCUGAAGAAAAGUGGAACAGAUUAACAAUGAACACAAACUUGUGUGCCUUUCAUCUUACACAAGAUGAAAGAGUGUCUGUUUCACACAUUGUAAGUGUAAUUUUAACACAGCUACAGUUUAACCUGCAGACUUACUUUCACAUGUUUAACCUUCAAUCUUUUUAACCAUUUACUGUUGCUCUUAAAACUGUUAAACUUUGCCUUGUUUUCAUAUUCCAUUCAAGGAAUGUUUAAAAAAGUUAUCAAUACUAUUAUUUUGGCUACUGAGUGGAUGUUUUCUGAAAGUUGGAUAGACAUUUGAACAUUGAACAUCAGUUGAUGGAUAAUUGUGAUAAAAAUAUAAAAUGACUGAUUAUAGGGAGGAACUGUAACAUGAGCUGAAGGUGUUUCAUUAGCAUUAUAAUGUUAAGAUGCUAAGCUAUCAGAGUUACACAGGAGCUGUUUUAGAAGUUAAUGAGAUAAAUUGGGGAAUAUGAAUAGGAAUGUAAAACAUACAUUAUUACUAGAUAGGGAAAAGAAGACAAAACAUUAAAUAGAAAUGGCUCUGUUUGCCCAAACCUUUAAACUGUGUUGGAUUUUUACUGUGCAAAUUAGGUCAUGCUUGCUAACUACAUUACACUGCAUUGAAUUUACAAUGGAAUAAAUUAAUUUUAACAUCCAGCCCAGACAAUUCCAUGCUAGACCGCCAGAGGGCGACCUCACCCAAAUUCUAAAUGUCUUCCUCUGUUGUCACACUCAUUUCCUGACUAAACGAUAUGUAAGCAUGUGGACUCAGGCACUUUGUGAAGCCUUAUAUUUUUGCCUUUUGCGCUAGUAAGUUCUGAGCUGUUGAUAUUUGGAAUUUUUUUCCUCUUUGAUGCUAUCAUUUCUUGUCUGUUUUUCCCUUUUGUCUCACCAUCUGGAUUUGUCUGUGCCUCCUAUUUUUGGGUUAUUUAUCUUGCCUGUUCCUUUGAGCACUUUUUGGAUUGUGUUUUGGACUGUGUAUGUUUUGUGAUUUUUUUUUUUUUGUUGUUUUAUUUUGGUAGCUGACCUUGAAACAUGAAUGUUUUUAACCUUGCUCUUUAUCCAAAUAAAUCUUUUCACAUGGGUCUGUAUAAA